CCGCCGCGUGUAUGUGCGUAUGUAAUAAUAUGGGGAUGGCCCGGGCCGGCAUAUAAGAGCGCGCCGUGCAAAGCGUGUGCGCACUAGAUCGGCGGCAAUUUGUCAUACCGGCUGCGUUGAGUAAGUACCUACGAUCUCGUUAAAAUUUCCGUACGCACUGUGUCCAAACCGGCACUACCGUCGUUUAUAAAUCGCGUUCGUAUUAUAGUUCAAAAUAACUGCACAUUGUAAUAAUAAUAUUAUAGCAUGUCGUAUCAGACUACGUCUCCUGCGACUACAAUAUUACGUUGACGUCACGUCUUUGUAUCACGUGGCGUAUACCUACCGGUGGUGAAUACUAUACGUUUCGAAAUAUUGAAAAUUUUUUUUCUCGUCCUAUCGGUUUUCGCGACUCGUCCGCACUCAUCACCGCACCGGCGUUUCAAACGUGUUGUAUCGUGUGCUUACACCCCGUAAUCCGUUGCAGCGCCAUCGGCGGUUCCUGAUUCACGCGGGACCAGAAUACUACCGCAGUUUAAUAAUAACAUAAUAUACCAGGUAUACCUAACACGCGGUCUUCGAUCAACACAGGAACUGUUGUGGUAGUCUGCGCUAUACGCCAACGACAAUGGACAACAGUACGUUGAUUUUGAUAUGCAUAGCCAUAGCCCUCAUUGCUAUAGCACUCAUCGGUCCGGUGGUUCGUAGGCGCGAGUUCAUUGCCUCGUUUCGCUCCUUUGCAGGACCACCGUCUCUACCACUCUUCGGCAACGCACUCCAGCUAAACGGAUCGCCUUCCGAUUUUUUUAGACUUUUACUCGAAUGGCAUUCAAAAUUUGGAGACACUUAUCAAUUGUGGAUUGGUCUUCGACCAUUCAUUGCAAUGGCUGAUGCUGACCAUAUUCAGCAAAUUUUGAAAUCGUCUGUUCAUAUUGACAAGAAUUUAGAAUAUAAUCUUCUACUUCCGUUCAUUGGUACAGGACUAGUGACAAACUCAGGACCGCAAUGGUUUAAAAGAAGGAAGUUAUUGACACCAACAUUUCAUUUUAAUAUUCUCGAAGAUUUCAUACCAUUAAUAGAAAAACAGUGUAAAACCUUAGUGAAAGUAUUACGAAAAGAACUCAAUAACGUUACUGGAUUUGAUAUAAAGCCUUACGCUAAAUUGGCUGCGCUUGAUACUAUCGGUAUAACGGCAAUGGGAUGCGAAUUCAACUCGCAAGAAAAUUCUCAACUGGAAUAUGUUAAAGCUUUAGACGAGCUUACAGCAAUAAUGCAGAAACGGUUUAUAACACCGUGGUUGAAACCAAAUUUUUUAUUCAAUUUAACAUCACUUAGUAAAAGACAAAAUGCGUGUAUAGACGUUAUACACACAUUUACAAAAAAGGUUAUAAAAGAUAGGAAAGAUAAUUACAAAUUAUUCAACAAUCAAAUGUCAGACGCAAAUAAAAAUGAAAUUCAUCAUGGUAAAAAAUAUAAUAAAGCAUUAUUGGAUUUAUUGCUAGAAUUAUCUGAUGAUGGAAAAAUAUUAAGUGACAAAGAUAUUCAAGAGGAAGUUGAUACUUUCAUGUUUGCGGGAGUUGAUACAAGUUCCGUCACUCUCUCUUGGAUGAUGUAUGUCUUGGGUAAACACCCAGAAGCACAAGAUCGUAUAUUAGAAGAAUUAGACGAAAAAAUUCCAAAUUUCGGGGAUGGAAAAUUAUCAGUACAAAUUUUACACAGUCUUGACUAUUUGGAUAGAACGAUUAAAGAGGUGCUACGACUUUACCCAUCAGUUCCAUUUAUUGGUAGACAAAUUUACGAACCACUCACAAUCGGUGAUCACACUAUUUUGCCGGGGACAUCGAUUUUCAUAAAUGUGUUUGCUUUACAUAGAAAUGAAAAACAUUUUGAAAAUCCAGAGAAGUUUGAUCCAGAUAGAUUUUUAAAGGAAAAAAGAAAUGAUCAACAUCCUUUUUCCUUUAUACCAUUUAGUGCAGGACCGAGGAACUGCAUUGGUCAAAAAUUUGCAAUACUUAUGAUCAAAAUAGCCGUUGCCACAGUGUUAAAAUCGUACAGAGUUAAGUCAAUAGAUCCAGAAGAUAAAUUAGGUCUUGUUGGGGAAAUCGUAUUGAAUGCACACAACGGCAUCAAUGUGACACUUGAAGAACGGACGUAGACCUAUCCUACAGUGCUAACUGACUUUUUAAUGAAUACAUUCAUUUUGUAUUAACUACUUCCACUGCAUAAUGUUAAUUGUAUUAAGUAUUACGUUUUUAAUUGUAUUGGUAUUAUUUCUUAAGUUUUUAUGCAUUGGACAUUUUUUCAUCAUCAUUAUUAAUUAUAUAAGUUAAUAUUAUAUUAUUUUAUUUUUUUCCAUACUUAUUAUUGUAUUAUUAUUAAAUUUACAUUUUGAUAUAGUAUUCAUUGUACUAUAAUACAAGUAUAACAAUAAUAAUAAUAUAAUUUUUUUUAUAAAUAAA